AUGACUGGGUGGAGCUGCCUGGUGACAGGAGCCGGAGGAUUUCUGGGCCAGAGGAUCAUCAGCUUGUUGGUGCAGGAGAAGGAGCUGCAGGAGGUCAGGGCCCUGGACAAGAUCUUCAGACCAGAAAUCAAGGAGAAAUUGUCUAAGUUGCAGACAAAGACCAAGGUGACAUUGGUGGAAGGAGACAUUCUGGAUGCCCAGUGCCUGAGGAGAGCCUGCCAGGGCAUCUUGGUUGUCAUCCACACAGCUGCUCUUAUUGAUAUCUGGAAUAUCCAUUCCAGACAGGCUAUCAUAGACGUCAAUCUGAAAGGUACCCAGCACCUGUUGGAUGCCUGCAUCCAAGCUAGUGUGCCAUUCUUCAUCUACACCAGUUCAGUAGAAGUAGCAGGACCCAACUCCUACAAGGAGAUCGUCCAGAAUGGCCACGAGGAAGAGCAUCAUGAAACUGUAUGGACGGCUUCGUACCCCUACAGCAAAAAGCUGGCUGAGAAGGCUGUGCUGGCAGCUAAUGGGAGCACUCUGAAAAAUGGGGACACCUUGUGGACUUGUUCCUUAAGGCCCAUGUACAUCUAUGGGGAAGGAAGGUCCUCCAUUCCUACCUCAGACUGGCACAGAACUACCUCUUACAGGCAGUCAGAGCUCCUGCACACACACCAGCAUGCACUGCAUGAAAUGCAGCACACAGAGGAGGAAAAGCCAACAGGGCAAUGGCAGGCAGUGCCAGCCUUCACUCUCCCUUCCCCUACCUGCUCCUGA